AUGGGCAUAGCUCAUUUGACACGGCACUUAGUCUCAUUUUCAGAGCCAAUACGUCUGGGCGGCUAUGGAAAGGCACCGGAAGAUGGUACUAAGGCUGUGACAUCAGUGGUUAUCGAUGGACCCAGCCUGGUUCACCAUAUUUCUUCAACAUUGCUGUCUUGGUUAGAUGCUCACCUCAACCCAUUUGAUCGGGAGCCUACAUCUGAGAAUUGCCAAUGUACAUGUCGAAUUCUAGUACUCGACUCACAAGAGGCUGUUAGUGUUAAGAUCUACUUUGAUGGGGCGUUGCCCUUGUCUAAACGAGACACUAGGCUUUCUCGGCUUGAGAAAUCCAGAAGAAAGCUUGAGGCUUUCUGCACAAGCAAUCGGAAAGGGUUCAAGGCAUCCAGGGCCGGACGAGAACCGUUAUUGAUUGAUCCUUACAAAGUCUUACAAAGCCGCAGUGUACCAGAGAGGUAUAAAAACCUGCCUGGGAAUCCAUUUAUGGUAUCUGCUGUAUUUGAAGAUCUCAAAUUCCGCUGGAAUUGGUCCAAGAUCAAGGAAACGUCGGAAAUCUUUGCGGCGACAUCCCUUUUCAAAGACUCAGACUAUCCCUGGGCGGACAUUUGUGAAAUGAUCCCAGGGGAGGCCGACAUCUACUGUGCUGAAUUAUUGAAGGAGAAGCAGGGAGCAGCUGUUUUAACAAACGAUUCCGAUCUCCUGGUCCAUGACCUUGGAGCUCAAGGUUCGGUCAUAUUUCUGAACUCUGUUGAGAUGAAAAGUUGGAAUCCCAAAUGUCCUGCGGACGCGGAAAUAAGAGCUAUGGCGCUCUGCCCAGCUGCCUUAUCGCGACGACUUGGUAUCCCUGGCAUGCGGUAUCUUGCAUAUGAACUAAAACUUGAUCCACGCGCUGGUAUUCGAGAGCUGAUCCGUCGCGCAAAACUUGUGUCUGAAACGGCAGAACGAAGUCCCGCUUACAUUCAGUUCAUGGAGGAGUAUUGCUCUCAUAAAGAAUUCACAUAUCGUCCAAGCUUUGACCCAAGCGUUUUGCAAACUCUUGACGCGAGAGUAUCAGAACUCGUCUUACAAUAUGUCUCGGAGCCGUCAUUAGGUGAAGAUAUGCCUCAGAUAUACUUUUCAGUUUUGCAUGAGGACCAUUCUAGGCGAUCUGCAUGGAUUGAAGGAAGAAAUAUUAGAUGCCUCGCUUACUCCCUACUCAAUACGCUUCGUACUUCCCAAGAAAGAUAUCCUGUCGUUGUUGAAUGUGUUCGCAGGGGCUGCAGAUUCUGCUUUGACGAAAUAGGUCUCUACGACGACGACAGUAUUGAAUUGGAGCUGCGCACUCUUCUAAGUCGGUCAAGAUUUGUCCAGGAAAUGACCGGACAAGAUCCCAGUUCUUCAAUCUUUUGGAGGAUUUACGCAAUAAAUGAACUUUAUAACUGCAAUAACAAGACUCCCAUACCCCCGAGCCGAAAGCAAUUAGAGAAAUUACUUGCUUUCGAGUAUGCAGACGAGAGGAUGGAGUGGACUGAUAUUCAUGCUCUUGCACAGGUGCAGGCAGUUUUAUAUUCUCUGAGAAUUUUAACACAGAUACUUCAUGUUAUACCAGUGCAUGGAGGAACCAAAAGAGAGGCCCAAAUACUGUUGGCGAAUCUUCCACCACUCUGUGUCCUUAUGAGAUCACGGAGUGAGUUAUAUCGUGAGUUACAUUGUGAGGUGUCAAGUGAACAUGCUAGCAAUAGGUCUGCAAACAUGAUUCAUAGCGUCCAGGAACUUAUUGGCACACAAUAUACUGAAGAAUGUUGCUAA